AUAUUGUACGUAUCACUGCGUCAUUUCCUGCCCAGUCCGGAAGGUGUUUUCACUUGUUUACAUUUUUUUUAUCCUGUUUUCUUAAGCCACCCUGCAAAAGAUGGGUGACACUGACAUCGUUACUUAUUGAUGUCAUUUUUUUUUUUUAACUUUCUUACACACCGCUUCAACGAUGGCUGCGAUCUGUUCACGGUACUGUUUUUGGGUCCGAUUUCUCCUUUGGGUCACUUCCUCUUGGAUACAGAUGUUAGUCACGGGUGAACAGGUAGCGGUGGUGGAGGUCUGCGUAACAGAGGAGCGACCGAUAAUCAGCGCUGUACUACAGGGACAGCUGGUGGAGGCUCGCCAGGGUGGAGUCCCCGGGCAUGAUGACAACUCUUUUGGAAAACAACUCGACCUUGAGGGAGAUCUGAUAUUGGUGCAGGAUGAGCGAUCCCAGGUAACCGAAGUUGAAGGGGCAGCUGCCGCUGCCCAGGAUAGGGAGUCAUGGAUUGGAGUAGUCCCUCUGAAGAUGGAGACACAAUCUUCUACUGGGAACCAGGAUUCUUUUGCCGAUACAGUAGUCAAUAAAAUGAAACGAGCCUUGGUUCUGGGAGCAUCCGCACUCAUCAUUCUGGCCCUCAACCACAACACCGUCAGCGAGAUGGAUUUGUCCCAAGUGCUGUCCAAACCUAUCAUCAUCAUCCAGACAUCAGAGAAUGUCACAAAGCUGAUUGGUGCACUUCUCAGGGGCCUUCACGCAACAGCCAAGAUCACAUACAAGACUAUAUUACAGGACAACCUGGGGGCCACCCUGACCCUGUGGUCAUCUUGCGGCCGUUCGAGAGGUGGUCUGUACGGAGAGUGGCAGGGGGUGAUCUGUACCGGAGAGACCAACUCCCGGGUCCAGAAAUACCUGCAGCAGCUUUGGAACACUGUCCUGAUGGUGGCUGUGGUACUCAGCACAGGGGUCAUAGUUCAAGCCCGCUGGCAGUACCAUGACAACCAGCUCACUGAUGACGGGGAGUCGUCCAAACAAGACAUUCUGAGGAGAAUGUCUUCCCUGAAGACCAAAACAUACUGCCAGCCCAAGCCCUGGUGUGACUCAUCCCAACCAAUGGAGGCGGAGAACUGUGCGGUCUGCCUGGAGCCCUUCAACAAUAACCAGUGUCUACGUGUGCUGCCGUGCCGCCACGAGUACCACAGAGAUUGUGUGGACCCCUGGCUGAUCCUGCAGCACACCUGUCCUCUGUGCAAACGCAGCAUUCUCGGUAACAUCUGCAGAGAGAGUUAAUGUUGGACGGAAGUUGGUGUCGCCAGCUCCCUCACCGGUCCUCAGCCCGGACCCAAACCUCCUCCAUCCACAACCCUCCACCCCAGAGCAUGGCUAGAAGUAUGUGCUUGUCAAAAUGGACCACUUGGCUCACUGCAGCUAGCCCUGUCCAGUCCCCUGACUUUGGGGGCGGGCAUAGGGUAACCCGGAGGGGAACACAGGAAGAGUCAGUAAGGUUCAAUGUUACGAGAGGAAACAAAAAGGUCAAAUACUGUACCACUGUUGUGGAUGGCAUGUUACUGUACGUGUGUGUGUGUGUGUGUGUGUGUGUGUGUGUGUGUGUGUGUGUGUGUGUGUGUGUGUGUGUGUGUGUGUCUUAGACUGUGAACAAACCCACCUUACUGCUGGCGCCGGAGAAAUUCAUAAUUCCCUUUCAAAAAAUUAGAAAUUCAUGGGAAUGCAACCUGUCUAUUUGAAGGCGUCAAUAUUGCAUGGGCCCACACUCUAGCAAAACAAAGAUUUUUAAUGACACUACACUGUCGUUUAAACCGGCACCAUUGCAUUACCUCCUAACCCUGUGUAGAUGUAGCAUAAUAGACUAUAAUGGGAACAGAGAAUCAAGGCAGACAUUAUUCCACAAUGGAAGCAGCUAUUAUGGGAUGUUUCAGGGCAAUCUCAGAUGUCGGAUCAGGUUACCGGUUCGGCUACAUCUAUUUAAUGUCCAAGGAUUCUGUAACUCGCAAACUGUGAGGACGGGUUUUUGGGGAAAACCCGGGUCUGCUUUACCCUGAUAUAACUAUGUUGUAGAGCAUCACAUGUCCUUGACAGUGUUCUUAUGCUGUAAGAACCAUUUGGUUACACUUGAAUCAUGCAGCCAACUACACAGGAAGGCAUAGUUGGUUAGUUGCCUGUGCAAAGACUUACACUGCUCUCUCUGUAGCCGAUCACAUGCAGCCAUAGCCAGAACAACCCUAGAACGACCAAGCAUAGGAAACACAACCGUAUAAUUUACAUUAAUUCAGGUUCUGCAUAUCAAAAACGAUAAACCAAAGCACGGGGAUGAGCUUAUUGUGCAGUACUCAUCCCAAAAGAAAGAUUUGAAAGAAGGAAAAGUGUUACACUGCAUUAAAUACAGAUGUAUUUGAAAUAGACGUAUUUGUGCUGAAUAUGUAUUUCUUCCAAUUGAAUUCAACACUUCCUAUCUUCCUUCAUCUCCCCGUUCUCACAGACUAUAACCGAGCACCCUCUGGGAUGGGAACCCAAUACGAUGAUCGCUGGUACGGGUUAGGAAUGCGAUGUAUGAAUUUUAGAGAGAACAUUUUGCCUUCUCAUGCUUCCAGCAUGUUUCACCAACUGGGAUGUAUACUUGAUUUGGGUACGAAUGUCUUGUUCUUUUGACUGAUAUUAUCUAGAGACAGUAGUGUAGUACUCAGUUUAUAAUGUGUUUUAAUGACAACUCCAAAUAAAGCAACCACAAAUGUG